UGUUUUUAGAUACGUAGUAUGGUGCACUGGCCCCUCCCCUGGGAUCAACGGGGCUACACUGGCCCUGGGGUGUUAUAAAAAGGCCUCUGAGCUCCCCCUGCUCUGGUAAAGAGGCUGAAUGUCUGCAGGACAUGCUUAACGUUUGUCUAUCCAUGUUCUUCUACUAACAGCCAACAGGGGUUGGCACAUAGAUGCACAGAGACUGGCGUGUUGCUCCACUCAGGAGCUCUCUAUGACAGAAAUCAGAAUCCAUUAGGUUACACUGAGAGUUACAUGUUGAGCAGUUCCCGUGUUGUUGCAUUUAGCUUUAGAGAGGCGGUUGCUGCUUGAGGGCAAAUUUGCUUUGUGUUUUUCUGGUCUUUUUUUGUGCCAUCUCCUUUUAGCUGAUUAGUUUGUUCUGCGUUUUGACUAUUCAUCCCUCCAUUGCGUAGAGGUGGUUUUUUGAUCUUUUGACACCAUGUGGGAGUUCAGAUCUAUGUCUUUCUGGCGGGCGGUGUUUGCCGAAUUCUACGGCACCAUGUUCUUUGUAUUCUUCGGGCUGGGGGCAGCCCUCCGCUGGACCACUGGACCCCAUAAUGUCCUGCACGUUGCCUUUUGCUUUGGGCUGGCGGCUGCCACCCUCAUCCAGUCCAUUGGCCACAUCAGUGGAGGUCACAUCAACCCAGCAGUUACCUUUGCCUACCUGAUAGGCUCCCAGAUGUCCCUGUUCCGCGCUUUCUUCUACAUCGUAGCCCAGUGUCUCGGAGCUUUGGCUGGUGCUGCCGUGCUCUACGGGGUCACGCCCAGCAACAUGAGGGGAAACCUGGCACUCAACACGCUGCAGCCAGGUAUCAGUCUGGGCAUGGCCACCACCAUGGAAGUCUUCCUCACUCUGCAGCUUGUUGUCUGCAUCUUUGCUGUGACUGAUGAGAGGCGCAACGGACGCCUGGGCUCUGCUGCCCUUGCCAUCGGCUUCUCUGUGCUCAUGGGGCAUCUUCUCGGGAUGUACUACACAGGAGCAGGAAUGAAUCCAGCCAGGUCCUUCGCCCCAGCUGUCCUGGUCAGGAAUUUCGUCAACCACUGGGUGUACUGGGUGGGUCCCAUGAUUGGCGGUGCCAUGGGGGCUCUGCUGUAUGACUUCAUGCUGUUCCCCCGUAUGCGAGGCCUCUCCGAGAGGCUCGCCACACUGAAGGGCAUCCGGCCCCCAGAGGCUGAGGGCCAGCAGGAGACCAGGGGAGAGCCCAUCGAGCUCAAGACACAAGCUCUAUAAGCCCGGAGAAGAAGAACGGCCUUCUGACCCACGAUCCUCACCCGUCACAUCCCACUCUGCACCCUCUGUUCCCGGUCCAUCCUCAGCCCACUCAGCUUCUCUGCACACAUACCUCCUCCCGGCCUUCACACGCUAACACAGAUCUCAAACUCCUUUUUGUGCGUCCAUAACUUGGCCAACUGAAUUACAGUGAAGGGACAUCCACGGCCCUGACCAUCUCUACUCUCCAAACCAUCUACCCAUUCUGCCUCCUCCUCCUCCUCCUCCUCCUCCUCCUCCUCCCUCGGACUGCAGGACAAAGAUGGAGGGUUAGAAGAAGACUUGCCACUGAAGGAAGCACCCUGUGCCCUGCGGUGUGGAGAGUCAGUCACUCCUGGCUGACCAGGUGGCUACAACUGCUCAGGACAGGGGCCUCUCCCUCUAUCUUUCCUUCCCUCUCUCUUUCUCUUACUGUUUUCUUCUUCUUUUGUAGUCUGCUAUAGGAGUGAAGCUACAGUAGAGCAGUGGACUUCUGCAUGCUUUUCCAUUUUGAUUCAGCGUGAUCUCGCCGUGUCUCGUUUUGUUGUACGUAUUUCACCAGUAUUUAUUUGGCUUUAGUUGUAUGUGUGAGAGAGAAACAGAGUGAGUGUGCAUGCACGCCUGUGUGCAUGUGCAUGUGUAUGCUUGUGUGCUUGUUUCAAUCUGAUGAUUAAUUUUUCACUUUUCAUUACAACAAUCAUUUGUCUGUAUCAAGGUUAUCAUCAUAAUCAUCAUUAUUUUUGAUUUAUCAUGCAAACUUAUUCUAGGGAAAGACGCUUCCCUUUCCACACCCUUACUGAUACUGCAAAAGUUUAACUCAGAGGUUCAGCAGAUUCUGUCUGGGGUGAUCCCUUUAUUUAUCAAAUGAAAAUAAUGUAUGCCUUUCAGUCAAAUCUUAAAACUAAAUUCAUUCAGUUGAGACUUUGUGUCUCAUCUAGUGACGCACACAUUCGUUUUUACAUUUAAAUAAACACUAAUCACCGAAACAUCUGGUCUUUCCUGAGCUCGGUCUUCAAUGAAGUUACAAUCACAAACACGAGCUGGUAGCGAGAUGGUAACUACCAAAAAAUCUGUUGCUACUUACACAGAAUUUGUGUUGGGUUACAUUUUAAAAGACUUUCUGACAGGAUUUUGUCCUUAAAGCUUUAGAGUAGUGCUUUUCACUGAUUCAUGUACAGGUGUGUGAUAGUUGGUUUGCUUUUUCUUCUGCGUGUCUGCCAUGGAAAAACAAAGAGAGCAAACCUGACAAGCUGUCAUGAGGAACACGUUUUCUAAAUUGAAUUAUGUUGUUUGACACAUCUGCGGGGUCUUUGUUCCAUCAACUUGAGGUUAGAAAUCAACGAGUGCAUGAGGUGUGGUGGCUUCUUGCUGGUGUUAGCAAACACCUGGUGCCUUCUCUUUUCUACACUGAGCUGGGUGGCUCUCUAGGAGUGAAAUAGUUUCAUUGGCCAAGCUCAUCUCUGAUAUUUGGGAGAAGAGAGAAGGUCACUGCAAGGCGACUGAAAUCUUUAGUGUGUUUGUACAGGGUGACAAAUGUACACCUUUAUUCUUCAUACAGUCUAUGAGAGCAAAUGAACUAUGAAGCUCUGCAUUGGCCCGGUGUCCCCUCUCUCUUCCAUCCCUCCUUCAUUCACCCUACCUCCUCCCUUUGUUUAUGAGGCAGCCAUCUUGUUCUGCUCGAAUGAGGGGACAUCUAAAGCUGCUGGGAUGGAGGGAUGGGGACAGGGCACUGAGAUAAGUUAGAAUUUAGACAAAUUUCACUGGGGCUGUUAUUGAACCAGACAUGUAAGCUGAUUCUCUUUCUGCUUCCUCUACAUAACUUUUUUUCUUCCAGUGUGAUUUCCCUGGCAGUGGUUGAGUAGAAUUUACACUUUAGUGGCAUGUUGAAAUUAGAAUUUGUGUUCUAAUGGAAAAGCUUUGUGAUGUACAGUGUAAAGUUUUCUUUUUUAAAAAACAAAAACAAAACAACAUUUCAUGAUUGUUGAAACUGGAUGGAUAGGAAAUAUAAUAUUGUAGUUAUGCAAUGUCUCCUCUUUGGCUGAUGGAUUAUGGAAGUGAUGCCAACUGUGUUAUACACCAAUGUUUUCAUUCAAUGAACAUCCUUUAUGGUACCAGGCAUACCAUCCCAAUUUCUAUGCCAUUGAUUUAUCAUUUUUAUAUGUCCCAAAAAAUAUCCAAAAAUUCUUAUGUUUUCAAUCCCUUUUUGUCUGUUUUUCUUUUGAAAUCGCUCCAGAAAAAUAUGGAAUUUAAAUAUAUGUUUUCAUACAGGAGAUACAGUAUAUGCAACAAUUAUCGAAUAUGACAUAUUCCCCCAGUAGCCAUUUACAUAAAUAUUUAAUAUAUCGGACCUACUGUACUUGUUACACUCUGUACUGCUUGUUCAGAAAAUAUUCCUCCAUGUAGUUUUUUUAAAAUUUGCCACAAACAACUAAUAACUAAUUUCUUGUAAACAAAUUCACAAAAAUAUUUUUAGUAUUUUAAGGAAAACUGCAAUUUUUUAAUAUAGUUAUAAGAUUAUAUAGACUGUAGUAGUAGAUUUGGAUUGAUUUACUCCAAAGACAAUGCGCAUGUUAUAAGGGGUUAUCAUCCAGGGACCAUGCAUGCUACAUGUUGGUCCAUCCAAUACACUAUAUGUUGCAUAUAUAUUGUUACAAUAUAAAUCAUUACAUGCCCAUCAUCGACAGUGAUGGUGCAAAGUGUCUUAUAAAACCAGAGGUUUCUAUAUGGGAAGGUUUUGAGAUACAUUUAGAUGCAAAUAAAAGUUGCUAAAAU